CGUCCUUGAGCUCUGCUUGAAGCAAUGGCGAACCCCAUAUAGGUGCCUUGAACGGGGUUCAUUAUGUCGAGAAAAGGGGGACGAAAUCGGGGGAAAGAUGGCGGCGCCCAUGACGAUACACAUGAAAGCACUACAGAGGCCGAAGAAAUUGAGAGUAACGGAUUAUUGGACGCCGAGUACUUGCCUAAAUCAAUCAAAAAUAAUACUGCUGCCACUACAAUUUGUCUUCAAGAUGGCGGAGUGGAAGGGAAUAGCGACGGAUUGGGUUUGUUGGCGUCUGACAGCGAUGAUUUGGAGAGUUAUGAACGAUCGGUGAUUGAAAAUAAUACGGAAUGGUUAAAAUCAAGAUGUCGUAGUUUAGAAGGAGUGGAUUUUGAUAUCCCAACUAGUAGUCAUGACGACAUUUUAGAUCUAGAGGUGAAAGAAAAAGACAUGGAUGGCGGCUUGUUUGAGGAAAUGGACACCAUCACAGGAGAUGAUGGUGAAGACACACCUGUAAUUAGAAUCUGUGGGAAAACUGGUGUCUUGUCAACUUCGGCUCUCAGUGUUUCAUCAGACAGAAACAUUCAAAUAGCACCUCUCAACACUUCAAAAGACAUGGGUAAUUCAAGUAAUGAAACCGAUGGCUUAGAAAUGGAAGAUUUACAAAUGGACAGUUCAGAUGAAGCAAAUAAAAGUUCUGAAGAAGACUUCAGAAUCCCCAGUGCUAUUCUACUUUCUGCUCAAGAACUGGAAUCUCUGCAAGGUCAAGGUUAUGUGUUUGACACUUUAGGUCCCGACACCUUGAUGGAUGGGACAACAAAACUCAUGACAAUGUCAGAUAAUCAAUCGUCUUUAAGUGCUAAUUCAUCUGUGAUAACAAACUCUGCUGAAGCUAAAUCGAACGAACUAAUUCAACAAACGAAUACAGAACAUGGUGUUCCCACUAUAAACUUAACGGGAAAAUUAUCCAAACCUGAAGCCAUGACAACAGUUAUACCGUCAAGUACUGGUACAUAUGUUGUGGCUCAACCAGACCCAACAGAUUCUACAGAAAACUCAGCUCAACCAAACCUUACACUGGCAACAAUUUCAAUAUCGACAGACAAGGUUGCUAACUCAACUCAAAUUCUUGUUAAUACUAAUCAAGGGCAACAACUCUAUUUAAUUAACACAGCAGAUUUAACACAAGCAACCAAUGCUCUUCAACCACUGACUAAACCUCAGGAAACAAGUGUUAGUAGUAGUCCAGUUAGUCCAGUCUUAACACCGUCAGCAUCAUCCAUGAUGUCUGUGUCUCAGCUUCCAGUACAACUUCAAGGAACAGGUUAUUUAUUAUUACCAAUGAAUUCGGAUAAUAAUUCUCAAGGAAUGGUUUUAUCAAUGGGUUCAUCGUCAUUAGAUAGAAGUCCAAGUAAAAAAAUCUGGGUCUGUCCAGAAGAAGGUUGUAAUAAGGUUUUUCGUAAAUUGUCAAAAUUAAAAAUACAUCAGAUGAGGCAUACCGGUGAACGACCUUAUAAGUGUUCAAAGCCAGGCUGUGAUUGGGCGUUUACUACAGCUUAUAAAUUAAAGAGACAUGAAGAAGCUCACGGAGGUAGAAAAGAUUUCAUUUGUGAUUUUGAAGGAUGUGGUAGAAAAUUUACAACUAUCUAUAAUUUAAAUUCACACAAAAAACUUCACGAGCGACCAUAUACAGAGAUUUGUCCUAAAUCAACAUGUAGACAGCAAUUUACAACCAAACGACAGUUAGAUAUUCACAUGCGGAGCCAUUCAGGUGUCGAAAAAAAUUAUAAGUGUCCACAUGAAGGAUGUAAUAAAGUAUUUUUCUCUAAAAAUUGUAUGGGUUCACAUGCUCGGGUUCAUCUUCAAGACCGGGAGGAUUUACAGUGUAAAUUUGAAGGCUGUGGUAAAGUUUUUGAUAAACUAUGUCGUCUAAAGCAACACACAAGGCAACACACAGGAGAAAAACCUUAUGUCUGUCAAGCUGAGGGUUGUAAUUGGGCAUUUGCAACUGCCAGUAAAUUAAAACGGCAUUCGGCUAAACAUACAGGUGUACGUAAAUGGACAUGUAGUAUUUGUUUAAAGGCAUUUAUGCGUGCGGAACAUUUAAAAGGUCAUAUGGUAACACAUUCUGGUGACAAACCUUUCUCUUGUCCCGUAGAUAAUUGUUUAGCCAAGUUUACAGCGAAGGGUAGUUUAUAUGUGCAUUUAAAACGUCAUGAGUUACAUGAUAAAAAAAUAACAUAUCAUUGUCCUAUUGAUGGCUGUCUUAGUCAUUACAACAAUAAAAGUAGUCUACGAAGUCAUAUAUUAAAACAUUAUCUCAACACACCUGCAGGUGGCGAUACUAGUCAUCUGGAUUUAGUGCCGUUAUUAACAGGGGAUGACAUGUCUGACUCUGCCAUCGAUAAUUUAAUAUCAACGUCAGCUAGUGAUAGUUCAGCACCAACAUCUAUUAGCGUAUCUAUACCACAACUAUUAACAGAUACUGGUUCAACAAGUUUAAUUAAUACAGGUGAUUAUAUAAAUACAGCUGUAUUAACAGACACAGUGAUGUUAGCAGCGGAGACAAGUAGUGAUCAAUCUCUAUCAUCACCACCUAGUGGUACAACCAAUCAUAUCAUUACAUCACUACCAACAUCAUCAUCAAAUAAAAAAUCAGCGAAAACCAAAGUGACAUCAUCAUCUACAGAUUUACCGGCAGUGAUAAGUCGAGUUGCUUUAGAGAAUACAAGUGGUUCAGCUAGAACAGAUUAUCGUAGUAAUCAUAUACUUAGUGACAGAGCCAGGAAACGCUGGCAUUCUUUAAGGGGUGGUAACUCUGAUACUACAGAGAUUGAAACUCUACAAGAAUCUUGUGAUAAAAUCAACAGUUUAGUUUUACCUACAUUAAGUACAGAUUUUACGUCAACAGAAAUCUCAAAUUCUCAAGGUUUAUUGUUCCGUGAUCCAGAGACAGGCAUCACAUAUGUCCAAACACAGCUAUUACAGGAUGACCCACCUCACCCCGAACUUUACUCCGAUAACCUGAUGGAUACAGAUGAUUCACUUUCUCUCCACGACAAUGAGACAUCAGUAAAUCUUGGCAUUAAACCAGAAUAUACAGGAACUACUAUAAACCUACAAGAUUUAGAAUAAGCCUAGCAUCAUAUAAUGGCAAACUAUUUAUCAUGACAGGAACAAAUUAAUGAAAUAGGAAUAAAUCUAAUCAUCUCAGUGGAGUGACUGCCAGAAACAAAUUUUAUGUACUUGUAUGAAUUCUUUCAAAGCUAAAGGUAGAAAAUGUAAUUGCUGAAUUUUGGUUGCUAUGCUUUCUUGUAUUGUUUGCCUUGGUAAUCUUUAUUGUUUUGUUUUUUCUAAAAAUUGGAUGUUCUGAUGUAUAACAAUUUUAAAGCUAUAUGCCUCGGCCAUUUCUUAUGCUAGAUAUGUAUGUCACAUAACAAUUUAAAGGUCUUUGAAUACAGAAGCUAAAUUUAUACAUUCUGGUCGCAUUAUGAAUAGACUAUUAUAUAAAUCUUGAAUAUCAACUGAUAUAUGAUGUAUUUUGUAUUUAUGUACAUUUUAUGGUUUGUUGUGAAAUUGUAUUAUGUAAAAUUAUUACUGUGUGUAAUAUGACUUGAUGUCAUACUGUCAUUUACAAUAUCAUUGACAUACAAUUACUGGUAUGAUCAACUACAAUAUCAUACACCUACCAUUACUGGUAUGAUCAACUACAAUAUCAUACACAUAAAAUUACUGGUAUGAUCAACUACAAAUUUUAUAUUUGUGAGGAUAACAAUUAUAAAAGGAUUUGUACCUUACAAUGUCUAUGACAUUUUGACAAAUGCCAUCAAUUGCCAAUAUAAUUGAUCAAACUAUUUCUAUUUAUUAAAAUGUUAUAAGCGAUGUGAUUUUGAAAUCAAUUUGCGACACAUAAUAUCAACACAUGUGUUGUAUAGAAGAGUGUUCUUACUUUUCCAAGAACAGCUAAUACCACUUUUAUUUAUUUGAGAAGUUCGUAAAAAUUUAUAGAGGUUUUUUUUCUAUUAAAUGGUAUAAAAUGCCUUGGUGUCUACCCUGGUCGUUAAGACAAUAAAGGAUAUAAACCCAAAGCCUAUCCCACAAAUUUCUUAGUUCCCCCAAGCAUGUCUUGUAUAUUGCAAACUAAAGAGUAAUGACAUCUGGUCAAGUUGUUUUAUUAACAUAUAACAUUAAUCUGGUCAACUAGAGUUUAUUAUAUUAUCUGUGGGAUUCUCUUAUUAUUUUUUGUGCAUUUUAAGUGAUUAUUUUGAUGUCUUCUCAAUCACCGAUUUAGUUGUUUCAUAUCUAGGUAAUCAUCUAACUUUAUAACUGUUUUAUGUUUUUUUCCUCCUCUUUAUAAAAAAAGGUAUUGAAUCCCACAGACAUUAUAUGUUUGGUUGACAGAUUAAUAUUAUAGUUUAUAUUAAUUGUAUAAAAAAACAGAUCUAAAUAAAAUCUGUAUUGUUAUUGUUUAUAAUAAAAACAUCUUUAAAAUGGUAUU